AUGUUCUCCGGUACGUUUGGGAAUCCACUGUACUUUUUCGCCACAAAUACAUCCCAUUUAACACAAGCAGAGAUGUGGGUUCGCUUGUCGGACAUCCUUGAGUUCUUCUUCGUUGCACAUCCAGCAUCGGGCAGAAAAGAAGGAGAGGAGCAUCAGCGAAUAAUGUACUUUUACCCAAAAGGGGAUACACUUGACCGGCAAACAGAAAUAACCGGAUUCGCGGAGGCGGUGGUAAACUUCACAGAUAAUUUCGUGAGUCCACGAGAUCAGGCCGAGAAACCUGAAUUCCCAUUUCGAACAGUAUCCACCCAAAAGUCAGACCAUGUCUAUAUCCAAGUGGAAGAAUGCGAGUUCCUCAUUGGGCUUGCUUUGUCCAAGAUACAAAAUGCUGCAGCGGAGUACUCCCUGUUCUUGCCGGCUAUUCAAAAUGUUUUGAUUGGUGCCUACAAGAUGUUUCGGCUGUUCUUCGGUGAAUUUAGCUCAUUUAGUAAAAAGAAUUCUCAUAAGUUCAAAGAACGCUUGGAAUACUUCUUUGGUCGAUAUUUACCUCUAUUGAAGUUACACAGGAUGCCUCUUCUAGACUAUUUAAAUGGAGCUGCAUUUUUACCUUUGAAUGGUCCAACAUAUCUAAAUGUGGUUUCCUUGUCAUCAGAGCUCCUUGAGGAGUUUCCAGUCAUUCAGAAGGUUCUGAUUCUUUACCAGGACAAAGUUUUGUACUAUACAAUAUCUCGUCGAGAUCUACCUUCUUUAUUUCGGUAUCUCACUCAAAGUCUUCUCCCAAUGAGCAUAGGAGACGAGCUCGACUACCAAUCUCGCUCAACUCAUGGUCGGUAUCUUCGUGGACCUUCAGAUAUAACUACCGAUGAACCACUUGUGGGUGACGAUGCCUUACCCACUGUUCACAUUUACAACUAUAACGAGAAAGAAGAUACCGAAGAGCUUGUUAAAUAUCAAAUGAUGGUGUAUCGAAGCCUUAACGCGACCGUAUGCAUGUUCACCACGCAAGAUGUGACCAGGAAGCUGAUGCGAAACAUUGACAGCUACCUGGGUAGCGAGCUGAGUAAAGUUGCUUCGCAGAUUGGAGAUUGCGUGCUUGCCCAAAAUACGGACACAUUAUCGACACCCGACUUCCACUAUAUUUAUUACAACCCGGCUUCGCUCAGUUUGACGUCUUCAUUUACUGAUUCAACAGAUGCUCCAAAAGCCCCGCUUCCCCCGCCAGAAGUCAACAAACUUGUCUGCACUUCCCUUAAAAGCUUCCUGCCAGAUGCAGAUGAAUUUGGCGAAUGCUUCGCGAAAUCUGAAUCAGACUGGUGGAUAGUGUUGAAAAAGGUGAAUUCACGUCUGCUGUGCUUGCUCCUGCCACCCACGUCCAGCCAGCAGUCGUUAGCCGAUAUUCAGACGCGCACUCUUGGAAUAAUCAAGACGCACUUCGAAGCGAUUUUCUUUAAUUGAAAGCGAAUUUGCAUCGCUGAGUGUCAUCUACGGGUACCUCCCCAGAUUGUUUAUGCUUUCCUUGAUGUGUCUGUGGUAAUUUGAAUCAUGCUGGUCAUUUUUGAAAGCUUUUUAUGUGAUAUUGUUUUAUCUUGCCCUUCAUAUUAACUUUUUUCCUCCAUACUAUGGACGAAGUAAUAUCCCUGAUCUUCCACUCUCCGUGUUUGCCAACUUUUGCGUGACACAAGCCCCAAAAGUAAUUCAUCACCGAGUGAACUAAUCUUCUCGAUCGCCCGUAAUGAUGGUAGAUACCAAGGGAUUGAAGUGACUUUCGCGGCUGACCCACCACUACUUUUACCCCCAAAGUGUAAACAAAUUUUUUCAGUUUGC